CAGCCAGGAACAUACAACGCAUACAAUAGCACGAUCAUUAGUGUUCUCAUCUUUCUUGCUUGUCCAGUGCCACUUCUUUCUGACGUUUCACCCGUUUCCAAAUUCAUCUGUGCGUCGCCAACAGGUAUCUCUCGAGUUGUUGUAUGAGUCAAAAAACAGAAAAACCGGUACUGUCAGGUCAACGCAUCAAGACCAGAAAAAGAGAUGAAAAAGAAAAGUAUGAUCCUUUUGGCUUCCGAGAUUAUAUUCUUGGAGGCCUCAAUAGUGCUGACACCGACCUAGAAGCAAUAUGGAAGUUCCUUGAUCAAGCUGGUUCUAAAGUUGAUUAUCGUCGCUACGGUGAAGUUCUCUUUGAUAUUCUAAUUGCUGGAGGUCUUUUAGUCCCGGGUGGAUCUAUAUCUCAAGAUGGAGCAAUAUCACAAGAUGGGGAUAAACUGUGGAAGACAAAUGCAUGUGUUUUUGAUGCACCUGAAGACAUGGUAUCCAUGCGAAACUAUGAACAGGUAUUCAUCAAACUUAUGCGUCGAUACAAAUACCUGGAAAAAAUGUUCGAGGAGGAGAUGAAAAAAAUUUUGCUGUUCAUUAAAGGUUUUAGUGAUAUUGAACGUGUUAAACUGGCACGUAUGACUACAUUGUGGAUUUCCAACGGUUCUAUUCCUCCUACUGUUCUUCAAGUGCUGACUAAUGAACAUUUGAUUAAAGAUGGCUUGGCAUUAGAAUUUCUUAUUGAACUUUUUGUGACUUAUAAACAAGAGGUAGGCAUAACCCAUUUACUGACAGUUUUAAAGAAAGGAGGACUUGAAAGUCGGUUAAUGGAUUUCUUACCUCCCAACAAACGUACUGAAGAAAAUCUCCGUGCGCAAUUUGAAGAAAAAGGAUUGGGUGAUGUGGUUAAAUUACAUUUAGCUCAAGCCAGUCAGGAAGCUAAACGUAACUUAGAUAUUCAACUACAUGACGACCUUAAUGACAACAAAAAUAUGAAAGAAAUUAUUUCAAAUAUUAAAGAAUUGUCUUCUAAGCAUGAUAUUCCUGAACAUGAAAUUAUUGUUUUGGUAUGGAGUGUUGUAAUGAGACAAGUUGAGUGGAAUAAAAAAGAAGAAUUACUUGCAGACCAAGCGCUUAAACAUUUGAAGCAAUAUUCUCCAUUGUUUUUAGCUUUUUCAACAACUGCACGUUCCGAAUUGGCACUUAUGCUCAAAGUACAAGAAUACUGUUAUGAGAACAUGAAUUUCAUGAGAGUCUUCCAAAAAAUUAUACUACUCUUCUAUAAAACUGAAGUUUUGACAGAAGAAGUAAUUUUGAAAUGGUACAAGGAAGGACACUCAAAGGGUAAAACAACAUUUUUGGAGCAGAUGAAAAAAUUUAUUGAAUGGCUUCAGAAUGCAGAAGAAGAAUCUGGGUCUGGUGAAGAUGAAGACUAAAAAAAAAAAUGGCCUGAAAAUAAACAUUUAAGUAAAAAAAAAAUAAGAAGCAUUAACACACGGAUGUCAGCCAACGACCAAAAUUGAAAACUUACCAAGGAUUCUAUUAUAAACUUGUUUCAUUACCUAUGUAUAUUUUUUUUAAAUAAAAACACCAAUGAUAUG